UAACAUGUUGUAGCAUAUUGUGAGGUUGGUGUGGCAAGAUGGAUGUAUUUGAGAUAUGUUUAAACGAAGUUGCGUUGGAAGGAUUGGACGGGAUAACGUUACCUACGUUGUGGCUUCGAAUGAAACAUCGAAAAAAUAAAAUCCCGGUGAUUUUGUCGGAAGGUUUGAAGUCUCAUCUAUGGGAAUAUCUGGUCAAUAAUUGCGAUGUUGAAUUUUUCCAACUUCCGCACACAAGGGAGGACCCUGUUAUAUUUGACAGAUUUCUUGGUUACGACAAAACCAGCGGCAAACACACGGCUGUUGCCCCCGAUGAACUUGACAUCUUGACCGAUCCAUACCUCGUUAAACCUGUAAGUCACGGGGUCAUCAAGGGGUCAUGUCCUUGUUUCUUAACGAGGGUUAACGUGACAAGCUUCGUGCAAGGAAGCGACCUCAACCUUGUGCAAGCUAUCGACAAAUUUGGAGAGCGACAAUUAGUAAUUGUUGCGUCACAAUCGAAACGAGAACGCAUGUUGUCACCACCCGGUGUCAUGAGAGAGGUCGUCUCGGAUUUGCCCGAGUUGGAGUUUUGUGUUUUGGAGCGAAUCGGUCGAGCACGACAUCAGGGCGAAAUUCAAACGGUGUUGAAUAAACUUGUGUUCAAGGAUUUGAAGACAUCGCAUAUUCAUUACAUCAUGAAAUUUCUGCACACAAGAUCUCUUGUUACAAAACAAUCGUAUUCAUAUGCAAGACCUGACCUGAAGAACAAACUCCACCAACAAGUUUUACUUUUCCUUCCCCAUUAUAAACAAGACACACGGACAAGCACCGAUAGAAAGUUGGACGAAGUUUGUGAAUUGUUGGCAAGAGAACCAGGACGUUUAUUGGAAUGCAGCGAGAUUAUGGAGGCAUUGAACAUCGACUCCUCUUCAUUGAAGGCAAUCCGUCGCAAACUGGUGGCCAGCGGGGUUGCAGAGUUCAAGGUCCACCCAGGGUGCAAAGCUGCAGGAACGCUCAUGAAACGAACCCUCCAACUUCUUAAGAACAAAGAUGCUUUAGAUGAGGAGGAUGGGGAAAUCCCCCAUGAUGAGAACCCAGGGUUGGUUGCAGAGCUUCCUAUAGCCAUGCAAGCUUAUAUAUAUUUGUUGAAGUGUGGGGAGGAAGGAUGUACGAAGAAUGACUUCCUUCGUGUAAUGCGAGGAUAUGGAAGAUUGGAAGCCCGGAAUGUUGGCAGGAUACUUACCAGGGCAGGGGUGGUUAAUGUAAGUACUUACCAGGGCAGGGGUGGUUAAUGUAAGUACUGACCAGGCAGGGGGUGGUUAAUGUAAGUACCUAC